GAGAUGGGCUGUUUAUCCAGAUUGCUCCGUCGAUGGAGCCUAAUUGCAGUCCUCGCAAUUUUGGGCGGACAGCCUAACGACAUAAAUAUUUCCUGUCCAAGUUAUCUUUUCCUUCAGACGGCUGCUUUGAACUGAUGAUGAAGGUCUCCGCAUAGUAACUGACUCAAUCUUUUUCUGACAUAAAAUUGGUGUCCGGCUUUCCGAUGCUGCAGCCCAUCCUCACUCCGGGACGAUAGGUUAAUUAACUGAUGACUACCGAGCGCUCUGAUGUCCGACCUCCCCAUGAUGUCGAACUGGGGAUUUGCGUGCUAUGGCUGAAGAUGUCUCUGGACUCUGAUAAGGUGUGUGGGCUGCUGUCCCGGGACUCCAGGACCUCCUGUGUCUUCCAGGCUGCAGACGAGAAGGAUGACAUACCAGGGGUGGGGGAGGACAGUGUUUUGGAGAUGCUGAGCUAUUCUAAGUUCUCUGACCUGGAGACAUGGCUGUGCAUGCCCUCCACGCUGCUCCCCAGGGCCCUAGAGUCCACCCGCUCUACCUCCUCCUCAAGCUCCACCUCUACAGCACACCUCUCCACCUGCAGCGAGACUGGAGAGACAGACACACCACACAGGUACAUCAGACCUAGACCUCUAGAUAGGGAGGCCAUGUUCCUGACCCCUGCACUGGGGCGGGAAAUACCAUUCCUGGCCACACCCUUAGCCCCCAUCCUGUCCUCUACGCCGUGCAACAUAACCCCACAGGGCGGGGUCAGUGUCAGGAAGCGCAGGCGAUUGGCAGCCAGCCCCGGGGGACUACACUGGACCUCUACAGGCUCAGUGCAGCGGGACUUCGACAGAACAGAGCCAUCUCCCAUAUCAUCAGCCCAGGCCCCAACCCCAGCACCGGCCCCGGGUGUGAGAAGCCUCCCCUUGGGUGAGACAGCAACAGCAGUGGGUGAGGGAGAGACAGCGGGUGAGCGGGCGGCUCUGAGGAAGACUGUAUCCGUUGACGACCGUCUGAUGCAGUCGGCGCCCAGAGAGCAGCAGCAGCACAGACUCCUCAGCAAGCUGGAGAGAGGCAAGAAGAAACUCAGGAACAUACAUAGUCUUGGAUCAACAGGCAGAUACGAGACCAGGAAGAACUCGGAGAGUAAGAUAUCUCGCCUGGCUCAGAGGUUGAACCAGAGACCAGGGGAUGCUCUGAUAAAGGACUUCAGACAGUUGCUCUACACGGGCUCACCACGCACGUCUCACAGCCUGGACAGGAACUUUUAUUCUGUCAGCAUGACUCAACAGAUGCAGAACCUGCAGCUGGCCCAAACCAGGAAGUGCUCGGGAGGCCCUGCCUCUCCCAGCGCUGCCAAGCGCCUGUACAGGAACCUAUCAGAGAAGCUCAAAGGUGGCCACUCCUCCUUUGAGGAGGCCUACUUCUUCGGCCGUGGAGACCGCCACGGUCAUCGCAAGGGCUCGAGCAUGCAAGGUAGUGAGUGUCUGUUUGAGGCGGUGGAGCAGCAGGAUCUAGAUGCUGUCCAGAUCCUUCUCUACCAGUACACAGCUGAGGAGCUGGACCUCGGCACACCCGACAGCCAAGGGUUAACACCGCUAGACAUCGCCAUCAUGACCAACAACACCCCCAUAGCCAAACUACUGCUGAAGGCUGGCGCCAAGGAGAGCCCUCACUUUGUAAGUGUGGAGAGUCGCGAGGCCCACCUCGGCAGCCUGGUCAUCGAAGCAGAGAGGAAGGCAGGGGAGCUGGCUGCCCAGGCCCAGAGAGAGGGUCUCAGCCUGGAGGCCUGUGACAAAGACAAGGAGCUCCGAGCCUGGGAGUGGAGGAGCAAGCUCUACAAACGCAUGAGGACUGGCUUCCAGCAUGCACGUGUGCCGGAGCCCCCAUCUGCAGUGGGUCUGUGUGUAACCAGUAGCUCCUCUCUCACAGUUACCUUCCAGGAACCCCACUGUCUCAAUUCUGCUGUGGUCACCAAGUACAGAGUGGAGUGGAGCUGUCUAAAGGAUUUCUCAUUGCUGGCCGGAGACAUGGUGUUGGAAAACCUACAAACUCUCAAGUGUACCGUCAACGGCCUUACCAUGGGGAGGCUGUACUAUGUUCAGGUGUCGGCCUACAACAUGAGGGGUUGGGGUCCACCUCAACAGUCUCUACCCCCCUCUGCUGCACCUUCCAACUGGAGGGAGAGUGAUGUUCGUGAGCCCAGGAGAAGAGGGCACAUAGAGGCUAUGGAGCGCUUGCUGCAACAGGUCCGCGCUACACACACACACUACAGCUGCGGAGACACAUCAAAGCUCCAGAACCCAAGCCGUAAGCAGUCCGUCUCCAGAAGUCUCAAGCACCUGUUUAACUCUUCAAACAAGUUUGUCAAGACACUCAAAAGGGGGGUUUACCUGGCGGCAGUGUUUUACCACAAAGACAGUGUUCUGGUGACCACAGAGGACCAGAUCCCUAUAGUGGAGGUGGAUGACUCCUACGGCAGCUCUCUCAUGCAGGACUUCCUCUGGUUCACUAAGUUGUCAUGUAUGUGGGAGGAUGUGCGGUGGCUGAGACAGAGUAUGUCUGUCUCCAUGUCCUCCUCCUCCACUCUACAGGCCAGACAGAAGAUGCUGUCUGCCGCUGGGCAACUACAGAAUCUGUUAGGCACACACAACCUGGGGCGUGUCCACUACGAGCCCAUCAAGGAUCGUCAUGGUAAUGUAUUGUUAUUGACGAUCAGGGACAUGGAGAGCCAGUACUCCUUCUUCAAUGGGAAGUGGAUGCAGGUGUCCAAGCUACAGAGCCAGAGGAAGAGUCUGUCCACACCUGAAGAACCCUACGCGCUGGACAUACUGCUAAUAACCAUACAGGACAUCUUGGCCUACCAGAGGCGUAGCCAGCAUCGCCUGGUCCCAGGUCUGUACCUGGGCUACCUGAAGCUCAGCAGCUCUGUAGACCAGAUCAGGGUGCUGGUACCACAGAGGAUGCCCAACAUGCUGUGCCACGCGCGGGUACGAGACAACGCCAAUGUCUCCAGGGAGGAGUGGGACUGGCUGCAGAGACUGUCAACCCUAGAGGAUGGAGAGGAGAGACCGGCGGGAGAGAGAGAGGGAGCAGAUCAAACGACAGACAGUAACACACCGCUCCUCUACUACGAGCUACAGACUUCCCUCAAGGCCCUGCUUAAACUCAUCAACCUACCUCUGCACCAGGCCAAGCACUUCCGUAUCUACACUCACGAGGUGUUGGAGUUGGGUCAUAAUGUUUCCUUUCUGCUGCUGCUGCCGGCGGCUGAAGAUGUGUGUACAGCUCCCGGACAGAGCAACCCCUACACUCCCCACUCCGGCUUUCUCAACCUUCCUCUACAAAUGUUUGAGCUGGUCCAUUUCAGUGCCUACAAGGAGAAGUGCAUCAGUCUGUACUGCCGCAUGUCAUCUGUCUUGGACCUGGAUGCACUUAUUACCCAGCAGGCACUGCGAGAGGCCAUAAUGGACACAGAGGUUGCCACUGCCAAACAGAGACACCAACAUAUACUGGACUAUAUACAGCAGCUGGAUGAGAUGUGGCGGGAGCUGCGUUGGAUCACUGAUGCCCUGCAGUGUGCCCGCUACAAGCAGCCCCGUGGCGGUGUGCCCAUCACCAGCCUGGUCAAUGCCAGCGAGCCUGAGUCAGACCAGGGGGCACAGAAGAGUGACUCAGCAUCCUCUACCAUGGACUACCUACCCACACCAUCACCAUCACCUGAGCUACGGCGCAGGAAGGAUGUUAGUGACUCCCAGCUGGGGUCAGAUGAGGACGGUUGUUCAGAGGUGUUCCUGCCGACAGACAGUGACUACGACUCCAGCGAAGCCUUGUCCCCACGCGAGCUGGACCUGCUCUACUCCCCCCCACAGGACCUAUCCCAGCAGGCCGUGCACGCCCUGGGAGGUAGCGCUCCCGACGUACUACAGAUACACGAGCUCAGGUACAGCAUCUGCCAGCCCAAAGACCUCGCUCUCUCCCCUCUCUCCCCUCCCUCCCCCGCCUUCUCUCUCUCCCCAGGCCCAAUCCUCUCCCCCGCUCCACCCCUCUCACCUGCCCCCAUCUUCCCUGAGACCACUCUUUCCUGCUCCAAAACCCUGGAGGGUCUCUCCCUCUCCAAAACGACCCAGGACAAGCACUCCUUUACCCCGUUGCGGCACCUUGCCAACCCCCCAGCCAAGCGGAAGCUGCUGUCCCGGAGCCACGGGGCUACUGGGGCCCAGGCGGGUUACUUCAGCGGUCCCCAGCGGUGGCUCAGGGGCCACAGCGACAGCCACACAGGGUCCCUGUCCGAGGGGGUCUAUACCAGGCAGAGGGACCCAGACCUGAUCACCCUGCCCCUGAAUCUCCCAUCACCUCAGGGGGAGAUAUAUGCUAGUCAUGCUUCCUGUGUCCUGGAGGGCCGGAGGGGGGGACAGAGGGAGCCCAAGCCCCAUAUCAGGACUAUCUUUGUGGAACCGUGUAAGGAAACGUCACCUGAGAACAGGGGCUGUGGAGAGGAGGAGAGAGGGAUGGAGGGAAAGGGAGGGAUGGAGAGAGGGGCAGGGGUGACAAUGGUUUUGGCAGAGGAGGGGUCAGGUGAGGAGGGGUAUGAAGGAGCGAGAGCCCAGGAUCUGGACUCAGACGACCAAACAAACGCACAGGUGUCAGAGAUCCUCAGCAGCAAGCUCUAGGAUUAGACAAUGGUUCGGCAAGGCGCUCCAGGAUUGGACAAUGCUCAGUAAUAUGCUCUAGGAUUGGCCAUGUUCAGCAUUUGACAGUGGUUCAGUAACAACCUCCAGGAUUGGACAAUAGCUCAGCAACAUGAUCUAGGAGUGGACAGGACUGAGUAACACGCUUUUGAACGAUUGGACAUAGGCUAAUUGAUGACAGCUGGAUGGAGCAAUGUUGUUUUGGUGCAUUGCAUACAGUCCCUCAUCCCUGUGUCCAAACUGAUAAUGAUGCCCCUUUUCCUGUCUGUUUGUCUCUGUGUGUGCUGUUGUGUGGGUCUAUAUCUUUCUUUUAUCCCUUUCUCUUUCUGUCUAUCCUUCAAAUUACUGUGGACAGGCAUGCUGAACUGACUCUGAGCUAGUGCAUGUUUCUCUCUGAGCUCAUGCACGUGUGUAGCUCACAGACUAGACAACCCUGGCUCUCUCUGUAGAAUGUUCUAGAGACUCAGGUUGCUGGCCAACUGUCUGAACUGUUAACUCAGAAACAAGCCAAGGCUCCAACUGUUAUGACCUAUAAUUAAUGCAACAUGACGUCGCUGUCGGAUCUAAAUGUCAACUCCAAAACAGAACAAAUAAAUUAUAAUUUAUUUUCCAAAUAACGAACAUACAAUUAUGGAACUUCAGAAGUAUUUUGAAUACAUUUUCUUUAUACUAGAAUGAUGGAAGGAAGUUACUGCUUUCAGCACAUGUAAAACAUGAAAAUUGGCAAAGAUUGUGUUACAAGCUUUUCAUCCGAUAGCGACAAUGAAUUUAAGCACUGCUUUACCUAUACCUCUGCACUUGAAAGUGUGUUGAUGACUGACAAUGGCUCGAAGUUGCUGUUUCAAUUGAUGAGUAUUCAUUAUACAUUGACACCUUACAUAAACUCAGCAAAAAAAGAAACGUCCUCUCAUAUCAACUGCGUUUAUUUUCAGCAAACUUAACAUGUGUAAAUAUUUGUAUGAACAUAACAAGAUUCAACAACUGAGACAUAAACUGAACAAGUUCCACAGACAUGUGACUAACAGAAAUGGAAUAAUGUGUCCCUGAACAAAGGGGAUAUCUAUCAAAAGUAACAGUCAGUAUCUGGUGUGGCCACCAGCUGCUUUAAGUACUGCAGUGCAUCUCCUCAUGGACUGCACCAGAUUUGCCAGUUCUUGCUGUGAGAUGUUACCCCACUCUUCCACCAAGGCACCUGCAAGUUCCCGGAUAUUUUGGGGGGGAAUGGCCCUAGCCCUCACCCUCCGAUCCAACAUGUAAUAUACGUGCUCAAUGGGAUUGAGAUCCGGGCUCUUCGCUGGCCAUGGCCGUACACUGACAUUCCUGUCUUGCAGGAAAUCACGCACAGAUCGAGCAGUAUAGCUGGUGGCAUUGUCAUGCUGUCAGGAUGAGCCUGCAGGAAGGGUACCACAUGAGGGAGGAUGAUGUCUUCCCUGUAAUGGACAGCGUUGAGAUUUUCUGCAAUGACAACAAGCUCAGUCCGGUGAUGCUGUGACACACCGCCCCAGACCAUGACGGACCCUCCACCUCCAAAUCGAUCCCGCUCCAGAGUAGAGGCCUCGGUGUAACGCUCAUUCCUUUGACGAUAAAUGCGAAUCUGACCAUCACCCCUGGUGAGAUAAAAUCACGACUUGUCAGUGAAGAGCACUUUUUUCCAGUCCUGUCUGGUCCAGUGAAGGUGGGUUUGUGCCCAUAGGGGACGUUGUUUCUGAUGAUGUCUGGUGAGGACCUGUCUUACAACAGGCCUACAAGCCCUCAGUCCAGCCUCUCUCAACCUAUUGCGGACAGUCUGAGCACUGAUGGAGGGAUUGUGCGUUCCUGGUGUAACUCGGGCAGUUGUUGUUGCCAUCCUGUACCUGUCCUGCAGGUGUGAUGUUUGGAUGUACCGAUCCUGUGCAGGUGUUGUUACCUGUGGUCUGCCACUGCGAGGACGAUCUGCUGUCUGUCCUUUUUCCCUUUAGCACUGUCUUAGGCGUCUCACAGAACGGACAUUGCAAUUUAUUGCCUUGGCCACAUCUGCAGUCCUCAUGCCUCCUUGCAGCAUACCUAAGGCACAUUCACACAGAUCAGCAGGGACCCUGGGCAUCUUUCUUUUGGUGUUUUUCAGAGUCAGUAGAAAGGCCUCUUUAGUGUCCUAAGUUUUCAUAACUGUGACCUUAAUUGCCUACCGUCUGUAAGCUAUUAGUGUCUUAACGACCGUUCCACAGGUGCAUGUUCAUUAAUUGUUUAUGGUUCAUUGAAACAGUGUUUAAACCCUUUACAAUGAAGAUCUGUGAAGUUAUUUGGAUUUUUACGAAUUAUCUUUGAAAGACAGGGUCCUGAAAAAGGGAUGUUUCUUUUUUUGCUGCAUUUAUUAGAAGUGUGGACACACGAUACAAGCCUUAGCACAGUUGGUAGAGCAUGGCGCUUGUAACGCCAGGGUAGUGGGUUCGAUUCCCGGGACCACCCAUACGUAGAAUGUAUGCACACAUGACUGUAAGUCGCUUUGGAUAAAAGCGUCUGCUAAAUGGCAUAUAUUUUAUGUUUCUCUAGGUUUCUCAGCAUGGGUUUAUAGGCAUUUCCCCACUCACAGUGAAUGUAUUGUCAUGGUUUAAAGUUGGUUUUCUGCAGUAAUUAAUUCUGUUUCAUCAUGCUAAGCUGCUUGGUUCUUUUGUGGAUCUGUUAUAACAAGACCAGAGUAUCAUUCAGAACGACAGGAACGUUCUUCAUACACUAAAACAGUAAUUUUUCCCACUUUUCUCGAACUAAGAACAUCUGACGACCAGCCUUCAAUAUCUGCAUAGUAUACAGUAAGAAGUAAACCGUUUUGAAUCCGAAAGUUUACUGUCAAUUUACGCUAGUUGCCCCCGCGCCUAGUUCUGACGAGCCCAUCGUUAAGAAUACUGAUGAUAACGAGAGUACUAAACAUUCCACAGCAAGCUGCAGUGAAUUCCAAUAUCAUAGCCCCUAUAUCCCUAUAACUAUUUUUGUACUCUCUUUUUUUUCCAUAACUUGCUAUUCAGCAUUGAAUGCCUACCAUUCGUAUUGUACUUGAGUCAAAUUAUGUAUUAUUCGUUGGCAUGGACUUGUUUUGUGUGGACUCUAGCUUAUGUCCAGUUUGAAUUUGUGCCCCCCUUGGUUUGGCUUGAGAAGGUCAUGGGUUAGAGGUUAGCGGUCAUGGUUGGUGGGGUCAGAGGUUAGGGACUUGAGUUACACAAAAACAGUCUGCACUUUGCAUCCUGGACUUAAGUAGCCAUGUUCUUCUGUUCAGCCAGAAAGUGAUUUGUGGUUUGAAGUUAUGUUUCUAUGACACUUUAAGGGUUGUUUUAAACUAAGUUGAAUCAUAAAUACUGUAGCUUUGUGUUCUUAUCCUAUCUUCUCUGGUACAGAGUAUUAUACCCUCUAUAGUAGUAUUACUCUCUAGAGUAUUAUAUUCUCUGGUGGAGAUGCAUGCAGAGUAUUAUACCCUCUAUAGUAGUAUUACUCUCUAGAGUAUUAUAUUCUCUGGUAGAGAUGCAUACAGAGUAUUAUACCCUCUAUAGUAGUAUUACUCUCUAGAGUAUUACAUUCUCUGGUGGAGAUGCAUGCAGAGUAUUAUACCCUCUAUAGUAGUAUUACUCUCUAGAGUAUUAUAUUCUCUGGUGGAGAUGCAUGCAGAGUAUUAUACCCUCUAUAGUAGUAUUACUCUCUAGAGUAUUAUAUUCUCUGGUGGAGAUGCAUGCAGAGUAUUAUACCCUCUAUAGUAGUAUUACUCUCUAGAGUAUUAUAUUCUCUGGUGGAGAUGCAUACAGAGUAUUAUACCCUCUAUAGUAGUAUUACUCUCUAGAGUAUUAUAUUCUCUGGUGGAGAUGCAUGCAGAGUAUUAUACCCUCUAUAGUAGUAUUACUCUCUAGAGUAUUAUAUUCUCUGGUGGAGAUGCAUACAGAGUAUUAUACCCUCUAUAGUAGUAUUACACUCUAGAGUAUUAUAUUCUCUGGUGGAGAUGCAUACAGAGUAUUAUACCCUCUAUAGUAGUAUUACUCUCUAGAGUAUUAUAUUCUCUAGUAGAGAUGCAUACAGAGUAUUAUACCCUCUAUAGUAGUAUUACUCUCUAGAGUAUUAUAUUCUCUGGUGGAGAUGCAUACAGAGUAUUAUACCCUCUAUAGUAGUAUUACUCUCUAGAGUAUUAUAUUCUAUGGUGGAGAUGCAUACAGAGUAUUAGAAUCAUGUUAUUAAAGUAACAUUUCCAGGACCAGCUAAUGAUUGUGCUCAUAUGAGGUUUAACACAUUACGGACUAUAUCGGACUAAAUUGCACUUUCAACAUAUAUGUCUUGUUUUUUAAAUUGGAUUUCUAUGAUACAUCAAGCUAAAUCCCAAAUAAUACCUUAAUGGUUUUAUCAAAGCCACGUUGCACGGGUAACUGGGAUACCUUGAGCUAGCUUUCCACUAUUUUAACAUUGCAGGUGAUUAUAAAACCUCAUUUAAAUUUGAUGUACUGAUCGAGGGCAGCUGUAUCGGUAACUAUUGUAAGACAAAUUGUUGCAUUAUUGGAAUAUUAAUAUGACUUGGUUUUCCACUAUACAGUAUAUAUUUGCAACAAUGUUUUUAUCAUUAGGAAAAUAUGUAGAUUGGUUAGUAAUUAUUGUGUCCUCACUUGACAGUGUAUAAGCCACCUUUGCAUUUACAGGCUGUUGUAAAUGAGUACUGAUCGCCUACGAAUAGCAAGUGUAAUAAGGGAUUAUAACACGUGUGUUUCACAGUAUGUAUCCAUUCAUAGUUAAUAGACUAAUAAUUACAGUAGUUGUUAUAAGUAGAUACGAGCUGUAAGGAAUGCUUAUAACUAGUCUCAUAAUGCUCUACGAGUGUUAUAGAAGGCACUAUAAUGCAUUAUUAGGCUACACAUGUGGUUAAUAGAUAAUGUUUGUGUCCCAAAUGGCACCCUAUUCCCUUUAUGGACGAUAGGGCUCUGGUCAAAAGUAGUGCAGUAUAGGGAAUAGGGUGCUAUUUGGAACGCAGACAGUGUUACACUCACUUUUAUUUACAGUCAUGUCGUCUUUAAACCACCUCCAAAUGACCAAAUGCAUUAAUGCUAUUGUUUUAAGUGUUGGGCUUUGGGUUUGGGUGUAGGUCUACUACCAAAUCUACCAGUUAAUGUAUAUUUCCUCAGGAGUAAAAGCAUCAUUUGUCGCUAUGAAAUAUUGAAUAUUACUAUUUUAUUGUCCUAUUUAUUUUGCUAUAUAUGUCUCGCCACUUCCACCUCUAUCAGUCAUUAGGCUAUUAGUUUGUGGUCUAUCAAGUGACUAGGCCUCAUCAGAUCAGUGUCAAUGCUUUUAUACCAUGUGCACAUAGUGAGUGGGCCAAAAUCAAGAGGGGUCAUCAUAUCUGUAUAUUUUUGCAUUUCCUGAUCAAAUGUAUGAACUAUCAUAGCUUCUUAAAUGAAAAUAAGGCUAAUAUGUUUGCGGUUGGGAUGAAGAAGUCCUAAAAUCAACAAAGUUCCUGUAAUGGUUUGAUUAUUUUCUUCCUGGCUUGUUGCAAUGCUAUCUCUGUCUAGGGCAGGCCUACCUUAUGGUGGCAGAUGGAUGUGUUUGACCAGUUUAAAUAAUAAACCUUACCCUUGUGGAUGCUGUGUACAA